GGUCUUUGAGUCUUGACGCGUUUCGGACGCGUGCUUCGUUCUUACUCAUGGACGUUAAACGUUAAACAUUAAAAAUCAAUCCAUGCAUGCAACUUACUUACCCCUUUCUCAAUGUAUCGGCUUAAUUGUAGCCUAAUCUACGGAGCAAAGGCAUUUCGUCAUCCUUCUACUUCUAAUGUCAUAACUCUGCAUUAUGCCAAAUCUCUUUCAACAUGACUUCGUGGCAGCCAUCGAGCUCUGCCCGACAUUCUCGAAAUGCAGACGAACAAAGGAAACUUCCUUCUGGGUAUCAUAAUAUUCGGGAUAUCCUUGAUGAAGUUGUCCCGAGCGGUAGAUUUGUCAAUGUUGUUGGUUUGGUGAAGGAUCGUAGGUCUGCAGUACAAACUAGAGGAGCUGAUUGGAAGUCUGUUAUCACAAUUUAUGACAAGUCUAUUGAAGACGAAUCAGAAAAGGGUUUAGUUAUGAAUAUAUUUCGGCCUGAUGUGUCUGAAAUUCCCGAGCCGGAUGCCGGCGAUGUUGUCUUAAUAAUUUACGCCAAGGUCCAGUCCCGUUAUAAUGAAAUAUCGCUAUUAUCCCAUAGGUCGACUAUAAUUCAUUUGUACUCAGCAAGCAAGAUUCCCAGGCCACCAAAGUCAGCAAAACAGGCCCUAUUAGACCCUGUCCGACCCAAGGAUCGCCGCCCCUCAGAUAAGGAACAUGAAUAUGUUUCCUGGCUAUACCACUCCACUGACAAGAGCCCUAUACCAGAGGUUGCCGAUUUCAAAAUUCAAGUUGACCAAUCUCGGAAUAUCAAGGAUAAAUUCAAAGUCUUAAGUGACGUCCAGGAAAAUCAAUUCUGUGAUAUUAUCGUCAAUGUGAUCAAGGAUCCCUUCGAUAAUAUGGACAAAGCUACAUUGUGGGUUUCCGAUUACACCGAAAAUGACGCUUUCUGUAAGUUCUCGUGGGACUCUACAGAUAUAUCCGACGGUCGGGAUGGCGAUCCAUAUGGAUACACUACGAAGAACGCAACGCCAAACAACUGGCCUGGCCCUUAUGGGAAGCGUUCGUUACAAGUAACUUGCUUUGGUUACCACGCGGAGCUCGUCUGUAAAGAAGUUAAGGCUGGAGAUUGGGUAAAACUACGGAAUCUUCAAAUCAAGUAUGGGCGUAAUGCCAAUAAUCUUGAGGGAUAUUUGCGAGAAGAUCGCGGUGCCUUCAAACCAGGCGUUCAGGUUAAUGUCCUUCCUACCCAUGACCCGGAUAAUAUCGAUCAACGGCUCAAGGAUGCUAUUAGGCGGAAAAAAGAAUAUGAAAAGGCCAAGAAAAAACAGAUGAUGAGUUUUGCUGCAAACGAGAGCGGUAAAGGGAACGGUGGCAAGCGAAAGGGAGAAAAUCAAGACGAAAAAAACUCGAAGAUGCGGCGUAUGGAGCAACGGGCUCAAAAGUUCAAGGAGAUCGAGGAGCGAGAGCUAGAACAAGAGGCAGGGCUUGGUCUUAACGAAUUAAUAAAAUGCGAAAAUAUGGACCAACAAGUUUUCCCCGUCUCUUCCAUGCUAGAACCCGUAUCUUGGACAACCACGGUAAAUGACCAAGAAACGACGCUAACACUUCCAUUUACCUGCGCCAAGUACCGAGCCAACGUCCGAGUUUUAGACUUCCGUCCUCGCAAGCUAGAAGACUUUGCAACUUGGCGCAAGAAUACAGAAUUUGACGUGCUUUCGGACUAUAGCGGCGCUUCUGAUUCAGAAUCGGACGAAGAACAAGGCACCUUAGACCGAUAUAGGGGAGAUAAAGUCUGGGAGUGGCGAUUCUCAUUGCUUCUCGAAGAGGCUAAUCCCAAGAAAAGGGGCGACAACGACAGCCUCUGGGUUGUGGUUGAUAACACCGAGGCACAAAUGUUAGUAAAUCUCGACGCAGUAGACCUUCGAGCAAACCCCGACGAUCUAAGUACUUUGCGAGAGCAGCUGUUUAAGCUUUGGGGAAAUCUAGAAGAGUGCAAGCAGCAGGAGUUACAAAAUCAGCAGAAAAACCAGCGACGAGUUGCGGCUCAACAGCCACCGGAUAGCACGCCCCCCAGACCACCAAGCAGCUAUCCGGCUCAAGACACCGUCCAGGGACAUUCUAUGGUGUCUAACAAGCCGUUUACAUGCUGUAUUCGUCAAUAUGGCAUUAAGAUCCCCGAGAGCGAUCCCCAAAAAGCAAAUGCGGGCAAGGGGAAGCGCUGGGAAAGAGUGUUUGGCUUAUUUGGAACUAAAAUCAGCUCGUAAUUCCGC